AUGCAGUAAUAUAAUUCAGAAUAGUAAUAUAAUUUUCUCUUUAAUACUAAAAUUAUAGUACUCAGAAAUUUUGAACCACCUGCUUAAAAGAUGAGUCUAUACUUCGUCACUUAUCAUGCAGAUGGCGCUCACAACUCCCUCUAUUUACUUUCAUUUUGUGAUUCUUUCUUGAGCGAUUUCUUUUCGGAUCGUUUGUUCUUAACAAAAAUAUAAUUGCUCAAGUUUUUAAGUAAUAAUUAUUGCGUUACUUUGAUAUUUCAUCGCCAUGAGUAAACGUAUACGGUCAGUAAAUUGUUGUAAUCCAUUCAAUGAGUCACAUAAAAAAGGAGUUAAAGAUUUAAGAAAAUUUCCCGACGAAGAUCGUUGGAAAUUUCCUGACUUAGAUGACACUUCAAUGUUAUGUGUGCGUUAUCGAUUCCGUGUCAAAGAAUAUAUUCCGCCGGCAUCAGAGGAAGAGGAAAUUAUUUCAAGUCAAAUUAGUGUUGAAAGUCUGAGUAUAUCAGCUGAAAUUUGUACUCAAGGAAGCAGUUUAUCUCGAACUGUCAGUAAUUUUAGCGACAAUCUAUGUGAUUACAAUGAUCAUUCUUUAGAGCGAUUUUUGAAAAUUCCUCUUAUUGAAAAAGACAGGUUAUAUUCUGAAAAAAAUUAUGGAGUAAAAAAACUUGAUGAGAGCUAUGCUGCCUUAGAGAAUAAGUUCCAAUCACAAUUUGGAAUAGUACCUGAAUCUACCUACAGAAAGAUUAAUCAAGAUCAUUGUUCCAUGAUAGCUAAAGUGAAGAAAUUAUAUAACGCUGAAAGUGACAAAUCAAUAAAAAAGAAGCUGCUUUCAAUUUUACCCGACAGUUGGGAAGUCAGUCGUAUAGCAUCUGAAUUUAACUGUUCUCGAAAAAUGUUCCAGGCAAUCAGCCGCUUAAGUUAGAUGUAAAAAAACUUGUCAUUGAUUUUUAUGAAAGCGAAGAAAACUCAAAACAAUUAGCGGGCAUGAAAGAUUUUAAAUCUGUGAAGGAUUGUGAUGGAAAUCGAACUAGGGUACA